AUAGUACAAUGGUCCGGAACUCAUGGCGCUCGGGUUCGUGCGUCCACCACGGGCGCCACAUUCCGUUUCUUUCUUCACUGAGCAGUCUCAGCUCUCAGCACUUCAGCAGUAUUGUUAACAUUUAAACGCUGUCAGCGAGCUAUGAGCGCGGAGUGAAUCCGGUUGGUUAGGCGUGCUCGUCGCAUAUACUGCACAUAAAUAUAUAUGUAUAUGCGCGAAAAGUGACGAAUUCAGGGGACCAGGAGUGAGUUUUGGCACCGCGCUCCCGCGCGAGACAUCAUGGAUGAUAGGCGAAAUAAUCGCGAGGUUAUAACGGUAUUGUUCCUAUGUCUACUGUGGUACGUGGUGUCCAGCAGCAGCAAUGUCGUCGGCAAGAUGUUACUGUCGGAAUUCCCGUAUCCCCUCACGGUGACUAUGGUACAAUUGACCUCGAUCACCGUCUACUCCGGCCCGUUUUUCAAUUUAUGGGGUGUAAGAAAGUACUCGUCCAACAUAACAUGGAGUUACUACCUGCGGCUCAUCGUGCCCUUAGCCCUGGGCAAGUUUCUUGCAAACGUGUUCAGCCACGUCAGCAUUUGGAAAGUGCCCGUCUCUUACGCUCACACUGUGAAGGCUACAAUGCCUCUUUUCACGGUGGCUCUAUCAAGAAUAAUACUUCGGGAGCAGCAAACGUGGAAAGUGUAUUUGAGCCUCGUGCCGAUAGUCAGCGGCGUAGCCGUAGCCACAUUGACGGAGCUUAGUUUCAACAUGAUCGGCUUGAUAAGCGCCUUAGCAUCCACUAUGGCGUUUUCCUUGCAAAAUAUUUACUCGAAAAAGGUGCUACAUGACACAGGGAUACAUCACUUGCGACUAUUACAUAUUCUCGGCCGUCUAGCUUUAUUCAUGUUCUUACCAAUCUGGAUUGUGUACGACUUACGUAGCUUGAUGUACGAACCGAUGACAAGACCGUCCAUAGAUAUAAGCUAUUAUGUAUUAGGAUUAUUAUUUCUAGAUGGUAUACUUAAUUGGUUUCAAAAUAUUAUUGCGUUUUCGGUAUUGUCCAUUGUGACACCUUUAACGUACGCAGUGGCGAGCGCUAGCAAACGCAUAUUUGUGAUAGGAGUAACAUUACUUGUACUUGGCAAUCCAGUUACAUGGCUUAAUAUAUUUGGUAUGACCAUGGCCAUAUUAGGGGUAUUAUGUUACAAUAAGGCUAAGUACGAUCAGAGAAUAGAGAAGCAAACGAAAACAAUUCUUCCAAAAUAUUUUAACGCGACACAGAACGGUAAUAGCAGUUCCUUCAUGGUAAAUGGAUUUACUGGUAGACAUCAAUCAUUUGCAGUCUAGUCAUAAUUGAUUUUUUAUUCUAACAAGUUCAUAUAAGAUUUCUGCAUCAGAGAGAAGUCUAAUCCUUUUUUCGGUUAGUAUCAAUAAUUUUUAUAAAUUAUUACGCACUAUCAUAAAUUAUUACCAUGGUAUAAUCAGCUAAAUACAAGGAAGAAACUCAUAUGAUACAUUCUUUCUAACAUUAUGUAUGUGCAUAUGUGCGCACGUACCUAACACAUGUGUAUGCCCACGAGAGAAAUUAUUUUAUCUGAAAAAAAUAUUACAAUGUCUAAUAUUUGAAUGAUAUCAUUUGAAUAAA